AUUUUUGCACCCCUCCAGCCCCCCCAACUGCAAUGUUACUAAACUCCGGACCCUGCAUUCACUAUAUCUGGUCCCCCCGGACCCCGCAUUCACUAUAUCUGGUCCCCCCGGACCCUGCAUUCACUAUAUCCGGUCUCCCCGGACCCUGCAUUCACUAUAUCUGGUCCCCCCGGACCCUGCAUUCACUAUAUACGGUCUCCCCGGACCCUGCAUUCACUAUAUCCACUCUCCCCGGGACCCUGCAUUCACUAUAUCCACUUCGGUCUCCCCCCAGACCCUGCAUUCACUAUAUCCGCUCUCCCCAGAACCCUGCAUUCACUAUAUCCGCUCUCCCCAAAACCCUGCAUUCACUAUAUCUGCUCUCCCCGGACCCUGCAUUCACUAUAUCCGCUCUCCCCUGACCCUGCAUUCACUAUAUCUGGUCCCCCCGGACCCUGCAUUCACUAUAUCUGGUCUCCCCGGACCCUGCAUUCACUAAAUCCGCUCUCCCCGGACCCUGCAAUCACUAUAUCUGGUCUCCCACAGGACAC